AAUCUCUUCUCCCAGGGAAAAAAAAAAGUAAAUCAAACCUUUGAGAAGCAUUUGCUGGUUGAAGUGCUUUCUGUCUAGUGAGGGGGUCUGUGGAUUUCUAGUUUAUGAUAAAUAGGACUUUAAAAACCAGGGACAGGAGGGCGAGUGUUCAGGUUCUAGAGCUAUGCAGCUGGAGCACUGCCUUUCUCCUUCUAUCAUGCUCUCCAAGAAAUUUCUCAAUGUGAGCAGCAGCUACCCACAUUCAGGCGGAUCUGAGCUUGUCUUGCACGAUCAUCCCAUUAUCUCGACCACUGACAACCUGGAGAGAAGUUCACCUUUGAAAAAAAUUACCAGGGGGAUGACGAAUCAGUCAGAUACAGACAAUUUUCCUGACUCCAAGGACUCACCAGGGGACGUCCAGAGAAGUAAACUCUCUCCUGUCUUGGACGGGGUCUCUGAGCUUCGUCACAGUUUCGAUGGCUCUGCUGCAGAUCGCUACCUCCUCUCUCAGUCCAGCCAGCCACAGUCUGCGGCCACUGCUCCCAGUGCCAUGUUCCCGUACCCCGGCCAGCACGGACCGGCGCACCCCGCCUUCUCCAUCGGCAGCCCCAGCCGCUACAUGGCUCACCACCCGGUCAUCACCAACGGAGCCUACAACAGCCUGCUGUCCAACUCCUCACCGCAGGGCUACCCCGCGGCCGGCUACCCUUACCCACAGCAGUACGGCCACUCCUACCAAGGAGCCCCGUUCUACCAGUUCUCCUCCACACAACCCGGGCUAGUGCCCGGCAAAGCGCAGGUGUACCUGUGCAACAGGCCCCUUUGGCUGAAAUUUCACCGGCACCAAACGGAGAUGAUCAUCACCAAACAGGGAAGGCGCAUGUUUCCUUUUUUAAGUUUUAACAUUUCUGGUCUCGAUCCCACGGCUCAUUACAAUAUUUUUGUGGAUGUGAUUUUGGCGGAUCCCAAUCACUGGAGGUUUCAAGGAGGCAAAUGGGUUCCUUGCGGCAAAGCGGACACCAAUGUGCAAGGAAACCGGGUAUAUAUGCAUCCGGAUUCCCCCAACACUGGGGCUCAUUGGAUGCGUCAAGAAAUCUCUUUUGGAAAAUUAAAACUUACAAACAACAAAGGAGCUUCAAACAACAAUGGGCAGAUGGUGGUUUUACAGUCCUUGCACAAGUACCAGCCCCGCCUGCAUGUGGUGGAAGUGAACGAGGACGGCACGGAAGACACCAGCCAGCCCGGCCGCGUGCAGACGUUCACUUUUCCCGAGACUCAGUUCAUCGCCGUCACGGCUUACCAGAACACGGAUAUUACACAACUGAAAAUAGAUCACAACCCCUUUGCAAAAGGAUUUCGGGAUAAUUAUGAUACGAUCUACACCGGCUGCGACAUGGACCGUUUGACCCCUUCGCCUAACGACUCCCCGCGCUCGCAGAUCGUGCCCGGGGCCCGCUACGCUAUGGCCGGCUCUUUUCUGCAGGACCAGUUCGUCAGCAAUUACGCCAAGGCCCGCUUCCACCCGGGCGCGGGCGCGGGCCCCGGGCCGGGCACGGACCGCAGCGUGCCGCACACCAACGGGCUGCUGUCUCCGCAGCAGGCCGAGGACCCGGGCGCGCCGUCGCCGCAGCGCUGGUUUGUGACGCCGGCCAACAACCGGCUGGACUUCGCCGCCUCGGCCUACGACACGGCCACAGACUUCGCGGGCAACGCGGCCACGCUGCUGUCGUACGCGGCGGCGGGCGUGAAGGCGCUGCCGCUGCAGGCCGCCGGCUGCACGGGCCGUCCUCUGGGCUACUACGCCGACCCGUCGGGCUGGGGCGCGCGCAGCCCCCCGCAGUACUGCGGCGCCAAGUCGGGCUCGGUGCUGCCCUGCUGGCCCAACAGCGCCGCGGCCGCCGCGCGCAUGGCCGGGGCCAACCCCUACCUGGGCGAGGAGGCCGAAGGCCUGGCCGCCGAGCGCUCGCCCUUGCCGCCCGGCGCCGCCGAGGACGCCAAGCCCAAGGACCUGUCCGACUCCAGCUGGAUCGAGACGCCCUCGUCCAUCAAGUCCAUCGACUCGAGCGACUCGGGAAUUUACGAGCAGGCCAAGAGGAGGCGGAUCUCGCCCGCCGACACGCCUGUGUCCGAGAGCUCGUCCCCGCUCAAGAGCGAGGUGCUGGCCCAGCGGGACUGCGAGAAGAACUGCGCCAAGGACAUAGGCGGCUACUACGGCUUCUACUCGCACAGCUAGGCCGGCCCGGGCCUCCCCGGCCCCGCGCCCCACCGCGCCCGGGACCCCCAGCCAGCCCCAGCUCCUCCUCCCCACACCCCGCCUUGCGCAACCCCCCUACAUUUGAUCUGACCCUCGAUUACCGUCUGCAGCGACCAAGGACAAGGUCUCCAAGUGUGAUCUUAACUUUUUUUUUUUUUUUUUUUUUGCACAGCAGUUUCUGCAGUUAGCGCACCGACCUCCAACCUUUUUGGUUUUCCUACU